UCUUGAUGGUGGUGAACAUGUUGAUAGUGUGAGUGAAUUUCAUAUUGAGGCCAUACCAUCCAUACCUAUUGGUAUGGUUUCACCUCACUGCUACAUGUUGUGUAUCGCAAGGACCAUGUAUCGCCCACUUCUGCAAUCUUGAGCAUGAAGUCCAUACAGCAUUCAUCGAGAUGCAUUCCAUCUGCAUAUCCUCCGAUACGAUACGAUACCACCACAGGCAUCACCACAUAUCGAAACAAGGAUGAUGCAGAUAUCGACAACACUUAAGUCGCCUCAUCCAAAAUGAACGAGCAGUUCAUUUCCUUCAUCUACACUUGUCAGCCACAAUCCACAAAACUCAAGGAGCAAACUCACCCUCACAGCCGGGCCCUGCGCACAAUCAACAGGUGGCCUCGACCACUGGCCCGCUCUGCACUCCCCACACUGUGUCCACGGGCUCUCGCUAUUCCAGCGGCAGCCCUUGUAGUAGAACUCCACCUUGGACUGCUGGAUGUUGAAUCUCGCCUCCAGGGGGGCGUGUCCGGCGCCUGUGAUGGGGAUGGCGAGGUAGAUGUUGGUGUGCAGCUAGACGAAGUAUCCGCCGCUGCCGCUGAUGAGCACGCCGGUUGCGCUCCAGUGGUGGGCGGUGUUGCAGGCUUCUGAUAUGCGGAAGUAGAAGGUUAGGAUGG